AUGACACCUGCAUGUUCCUCCCAACCAAUGUUUCCCCAAACCAAGAUCCAAACGGAAAGAGUUGCUGGGCAGGUUGUGGGACAAUAUGUGGAGCCACCACCUGGGGCGUCUCCGGCAGCAGUAGUUCUUGAGCACGAUGCGAUCACAAUUGGCGAGGCGCUCGAGGCAAAUGCUCUCUCUGCCGGUGAUAAGCCGAUAGACCAAAGCGACGCAGCUGCGAUUCAAGCCGCAGAGAUGAGAGCCACUGGAAGUAGUGAGAUUGUUCCCGGAGUUGCUGCUAUAGCUCAGUAUGCAGUUCUGCUAAGUGCUAACGCAAGGGAGGCUGAGAAGACCAAGCUGGUUGAUGUUUUAGAGGAAGCCACUCAGGAAAUGGGCGGAGACAAAGCGGUGACCCGUGAGGAUGCGAAGGCGGUUAUAGGAGCAGAGAUGAGGAACAAUCCUAAUAUGAGCACUACGCCGGGUGGAUAUAUGCUUGAUAAGCAAUUCCACCCUAAUUUGAAACUAGAUUAA